AUGAGCGCUGACAUAGCCAGCUAUAUAAAAAAAUGUCCCGCCUGUCAGGUUCAUCAACGUGACAACAAUAAAAUUGAGCUCGGAGCCACACAGAUACCAAAUUACCCAUUUGAGAUAACUGCAGCUGAUUUGUUCUAUUUCAAUGGUGAAGACUAUAUUGUUUUAACAGACAGCUACUCAGGUUACAUUAAAUUUCAAAUUUUAUCAGAGGCUACAGCCGAAAAUGUAAUUCAAUUUCUUAAAAGCGUUUUUUCUAGCAAUGGCAUCCCUCGUAUAUUAGAAACGGACAAUGGCCCACAAUUUUCAUGUCAAGAUUUCAAGACCUUCUCAACGGAUUGGAAGUUUAAACAUCAAACAAGUUCUCCAUAUCACCCAAGGGGUAACGGACUAGCUGAAAGGGCAGUCCAAACAGCAAAAAAUAUUUUAAAAAAAUGCAUGUAUGAUAACACCGAUCAUCACAUGGGCUUAUUAAACUUCAUGAACCUUCCAAGAGGUAAAUUAGGAAGCCCUGCCAAAAGGCUCUAUGGCCGAGACAUAAGAUCACCCUUACCAACAGUCAUAUCCUCGCUUGUACCAAAAACAAAAACAGCUGACAUACCACAACUACUAAAAGAAGAACGCCAAAAACAAGCCAACUACGCAAAUAAGGGAUCCAAGGCAGACAAAGAACUGAAUCAAGGGCAAAAGAUUGUAACCAGGAUUAAUAAAAAAAAAGAAUGGAAACCAGCAGUCAUCAUCAAUAAAGUUCAUCAAAGAUCAUACAUAAUCAGUGACGAGGAAGGAAAGCUAUUCCGUCGAAGUUCCUGCAACAUAAAGCCUACGGAAGCCGAAAUACGUAAUCCUCCAACUAAUAUCGCAGACUUCCAGACGCCAGAAAGCUCAUUCCAACUAUCACCACCUAGAAACGCUAAGUCAACACCGCACCCAUCAACAACCAAUAGUCAACCAAAACCCAGUGAUCCUGAUUUACAGAAUCCAGCUUCGACUAGGCUACAGUCGUCAUCAGCCUAUACAACCAGGUAUGGAAGGACAGUCAAGCCACCUCAGCGUUUGACCUACAGCCACUAA